AUGCCGAGGUCCUGCAGGAUAGACAGCCAAGGGUGCAUCAGCAGUACGGGGUAUGAGGAUGGAACCGAUUACCCCAGCAAUGAUGAGUGCACUAUCACGGUGGCCGCGAACAACACACUCCCCAUCAGCGUCAUCGCCUUCGACACGGAGGCUGAGUAUGAUGAGCUCGUGGUGAACGGGGUGGCCUAUAGUGGUUCCAGGGGGCCGAACGGCAUCGUGCCAACCGGGGCCAUCACGUGGUCUUCCGAUCCAUGGCUGAAGCAGGGGGAAGUCUUCGAGCACCAGCGGGCAGCGACUUGCCUCUUUGACAGCCAGGGCUGCAUCAGCAGCCUGGGGAUCGAGGACGGAGCCGACUACCCGAAUGGCGAUUCUUGCCAGAUCGCGGUGGCCUCGGACAACACACGCCCCAUCAACGUGAUCGCCUUCCAGACGGAGUCUCAAUAUGAUGAGCUCGUCGUGAAUGGGGUGGCCUACAGCGGUUCGGAUGGACCGGCAAGCGUUGUGCCGACCGAGGACAUCUUCUGGGCAUCGGAUCCUUGGCUACCCGGAAGGACGGAAGUGUCGCGGAUGCCGGCUGGAGGAUUUGUCUUGGAUCUGAUGCGUUUUGGCCAGCACCCAGGUUCUGACAAGUGCUUCCCAGUGCCUUUAAAGCUUGCAAAGGUGUUUGAAGGAGCUUUUCAAGCCUCCCAGAAGCUUCGAUGCCUUUCAGGGGUCUUCCAGGGGGACCCCCUCGGCCUUUUCACGAGCUAG